AUGCCUGAGAUCUCAUCUAUCGUUCGUGGACCUGAGGACGAGGAACCGCCUGUCGAGGCCUUGCGGGAUCUAGCGCUCGCGUCUAACACAUAUCGCGACGAAAACGACUAUUGGGCGAGGCUGAUCGACAGUCCUGACGUCUUUUCCAUCUUCACACUAGCCGCGCAGUUCAAUAUCCCGGCAUGCGAUUUGCCACGGGAAUACGGCGUUGGUUCCGGCCACAGUGAUCGCCUUGGAGCGAUUCACAAGAAGGUCUUUAGCCUCGGUGCUGGUGUAUCUUGCAACGUCAUCGCUCUGGAGACAGAUGAAUCUAUGAGCGAUAUAUGUUCACUUGGAACUCGAGUUGCGUUGAAGCGAUACAACGCUCAGCCAUCCGGGGCUCAAGGUAUCGAGACAUCGACCAAAAAGAUCUAUCAGUGGCUGUCAUCAGAGUUGAAGGUUCUAUGCCAUCCUUACUUGAGCGAGCACGAAAACAUCAGCAAGUUGCGUUUCAUCGCGUGGGAAGAGAGCAGUCUUAUUCCGUCCCUGGGUCUGGAACUGGCUUCAUAUGGAACCCUUGAGGACUGUCUCCAACAACUUCGAUCCUAUGGCUCCAGUCAGAGGAAGUGCCACCUGAGUCUCGACAUUGCUCUCGGUCUCGCCGCCCUAGACUCUGUCGGACUGGUACACGGCGACAUAAAACCAGGGAACAUCAUCAUCUGCCCCCACGACGAUCCUGAGAGAGGCAUAGUUGCGAAGAUCUCAGAUCUCAAUGGUGUCGCACUCACCUCAGACUAUGGUUCGAAGCACUUUGCCACUGGAUCCCCAACUUGGCAGCCUCUAGAGGUGCUUGAUAGGGAUAGGGUUAUUGAUUGGCAUCUUGCAGAUGUCUAUUCUUUUGGCAUGGUCAUGGCGACGCUUUGGUCUUCCAAGGGAUACAUUCCACUAGGCGGCACCUUUCUCGAUCCGGUCAUGCCGUUUCGUCUUGGAGCCGACGACAAACGGUCAUUGACGGAACUCUACAAGAUUACUCAGGAUUACGAACCGACUGGUAUGAUUCGGCUGGCAAUGGCAUCAUUACCUACUGAGGACGUUGGGCUUCCUCUCAUAGACAUUGUCAGCACUACGCUCUCAACGAUCCCAAAAAGGAGGAUGCCUAUGCUCCAUAUUCUGCGCAAACAUUUCGAUGGAUUUGCGACAAAAGCCAGCAGGCAUGCUUCACUGGCGUCCCUACCGCAGAGCUCUGCACCAGAUCCUGCUUACUGGGCGGUUAACUCCUUUGACUCCUUGCUUUUUAUCACCCGUCCGAGGCCGUUUAAAGAGAAGGUGUUUGAAGCCUUGCUAACCACUGGAGAGAGCCUCAAAAGUUCGGUGCCAGUUGCGCCAGGGCUAGAGAUCAGUGACAAUUUCGAAGGGAAUGACGAAGUGCUAAUGGAUCUUCUGAAAGCAGAUAAUCGUCUACGCAAAGAACUGAUAUGGGCGGAUGGGGUUGAAGUUAAUGAGCAAGCUGCAAUUGAGUGGCUUCGCACUGCAGCUGAGGUGGGAGAAGGCAACGCUACAUACUGGUUCUGCCCUCUUGAACAGUCGAUGGAAGAUGGUCCUCAGCUCGGCCUCCCAAGAAAGAAAUGGUGCGCGACCAGUGUGCUCCAUGGUUUUUCCUCGGAUGCGUUGUGCCUGAAAGACCUCGACAAGGCGCUUUACGACACAGCGAUGAACAUGGCAAGCCGACGUCGUUGGGGUCGAGACAGCCCUCAAAUCGUCCGUAUUGAGCCAUACAUUGAACGGAUCAUUCCUCCUAUUAAGCGCAACCCUGCGCUCGUGGACGAGAAAGUUGAAGCUCGUUACAACGCCGAAGACGUUGGCGAGAAAGCACUUCAUUGUUGCGCUGCCAUUGGCGAUAUGGGUUUGGUGAGAUACUUGGUAUCAGAGGUCAAUGCCAACAUCAACGUCACGAACGACCGGAACGAGACGCCCAUCUUCUACGCUACACGAGCUGGGCAGUACGAUGUUGUGGAGUUCUUGUUCAACCUGAACGCCGACGUCAGCCACGUUAGCACCGAGGGGCUCAUCAUCCUGCACUGCCUAACGUCCCUUGACGACGACAAGGCCGCUAAACUUGCACCGCUCUUUGUCGAUCGUGGUGCCAAGCUACACCAGCCUGCAGAAGAGUCUCCUGGAGAUCGCAUCGACAACUUCGUUCUUGGGGCCGGGACUCCUCUUUUCUGGGCUGCUCUGAAAGGCAAGAAUUUGCUCUUUGCAGCUUUGGUGGAACUUCACUGCCGACCCGGUCAGCAGAUCAGUCCUGCGGAAUAUUACGUCCUUCUCAAGGCCCUGUCUACGCUUCAUAUGCAUAGAGAUCUUGCGCUGGUGCUAGAAUCCCAAGCUGCCAUGGUCAACGGGGAUCUGGGUCUUGCGCCCACGCCGAUAACUGAGCAGGUCUCGAAGAGGUUUGCUCGUCUGAAUCUGGCCUAUCUGGAUGUUGAUCUUACUGAGAUGGCUGGUUAUCCUCCUAUGGGUAUACCGCAAUACUCUUCGGUCCUCUACCAUGCUUUGGAUGCCAGUCAGGUAUCUGUGCUGCAUAGGCGAUAUAUCCACAUGGCUGAAUUUCGCAAGGCCAAGGAAGAGACUAUCAAACUCUUGCUGGAUGCUGGAGCAGACCCAAUCCUUCAGGAAGACGAAGAGGAUCAUCAGAGCAUGCCAAUAUCUUGCACAGUGUACACUGGAGACACUAUUGCAUUCAAACUCUUCAUCACUAACCUAGAGUCUCGUGGGUUGGAUGUCUUGUCCAUCCUAUCCAACGAGACACUGGGAAGCUGGUCGCGGACCCCUCCAAUCGGCGGCGACAAAGGCAUGGCCUGGAUACGUGAAAAGUCUUCUGGAGCAUGGAGCAAACCCACACGACCGGGCUGA